ACUUGGCUCGUGGUAAAGGGUCGUCCACGGACUAAUUGGUUGGAUCAAACCAGGCUGUCGACGAACUUGGGGAGAUUCACCGACGAUCGGUUAGAUGGUGAGGUUCACCCCUCCCCCUAUGUCUUGAUGAAGAAGAAGAAUGCGAUAACAAGAAUCCGGCGGGGAAGAACCAGAGGAAGGAAGAAGAAGGAAGGGAGAAAAGGAAGGCACGGGACCGAAUUUGGGAGAAGCUGCAGUUGCUCCGCCGUCGGUAGAAAGAAGGAUCAAUCGGAGAAGAAAUAGAGGAAGGAGGAAAGAAGAGGAGAGUUUGUAGAUUUGGAGAAAAUGAUAGGAAAGACACCGACUGGAAAAGAAUCCAUCCGAG